AUGAAACAACGGUUCAGCUAUUUAGAUCUUCGGCUAGCGGUAAAUGAGCUCGAAGGAAUAAUUUUGGGCUGCCGUCUGCAGAACAUAUACUCUUUGGAAGACAGCCCACGUCAUUUUUCCUUCAAGUUCGAUGCUAAAUCAGAGGGCAAAACUCAUGUGAUCGUUGAUCCGGGAAUCCGCAUCCACACGACUAAAUUUCAGCAUCCCACCACCCAAUAUCCUUCAGGGUUUGUUUCAAAGCUGCGCAAGCAUUUGAAAACCAGGCGCGUGUCUGAAUUACUUGUUCCUGCGGGGAACCGUUUGCUGGUAAUGAGCUUCAGCAAUGGGCUGUACCAUCUAGUGCUGGAGUUUUUUUCGGGUGGAAAUAUCAUUCUUCUUGACGAGAAGCUCAAGAUUCUGGCAGUUUACCGGAAUGUGAAAGCCUUUGGCGACCAGCCCAGGGUGGCUGUGGGGGAGUAUUUUUCUCUCGAGUUUGAUCAGAAAUCGGUUUCAACGGUUACAGUAGAUGAAGUGUCACAGUGGAUUGGAGCUGAUAGGCUCGGAAAAGUUAUUUAUUCAAAGAUCUCCGAUCCAUCUUCGUCGAUGAUUGAGUAUUGUCUAGCUCAACAUGGGCUCGAUCCGAAGAAAAAUGAAGGCGACCCUCAAAACGUCGCUGAUGCGGUCCAGGAAGCACUUGAUUGGGCCCAUAAAUUGAUUUCCCAAAACGUUAAUGCUGGUUAUCUUCUCAAGAAAGCUGGCGAGAGCUCUUCUCAAGAGUUUGAACCUUUUGUCGAGUAUUUCGAAGGUGAAAAGGCCAAGAAUCCCGAUCUGGAGAUUCAGAGUUUCCCAACUUACAACGAGACGGUUGACGAGCAUUUCGGUGCUAUCUUGACCAAUCUUCAGACUUCUCGUGUGGACCAGCUGCGCAAGGUAGCUGAGGCCCGUCUUGAAGCGGCCCGAAACGAGAAAGAAAAUCGGGUACGCGGACUCGAAGAGGUUCAAAGUCAAAACGAACAAAAAGGUUUGGCUCUUCAAAUGAAUUCAGAUCUUGUAGACGGUGCUAUUCAGGCCGUUUCCCAGCUUUUGGACCAGGGCAUGGACUGGGUUGACAUUGAUAGUUUGAUUAAACUCGAAAAACAAAAGGGCAACUCAGUCGCACAGCAUAUUUCCAAGCUCUCUCUCGAGCGUAAUCGCAUAACCUUGGAUUUGCAGUACGAAAACGAUGAAGGGGAAAGUGACCAUAUUUCUGUCCUCGUUGAUCUUGCGAAAAGCUCUUGGGCAAACUCCCGUGAUUAUUUUAAUGUCAAGCGAGCUGCUGGCGCCAAAAAGGAAAAAACACUCGAACACGCAGAAAAGGCAUACAAGAGUGCUGAAAUGAAAAUCAAGCGUGAUCUUGAAAAGAACCUCACCAAAAACGCCAAUGCUACUAAAACUUUGCAUACAAUUCGCCAACCUUACUGGUUCGAAAAGUUCUACUGGUUUUUGUCUAGCGACAACAUACUUGUGAUUGGUGGUCGUGAUGAUCUCCAAAACGAACUUCUUAUUCGUCGAUAUUUUGAAAAAGACGAUGUACUUGUACAUUCCGACGCCCCGGGCGCUGCCGUUCUUAUUGUAAAGUUGCCUCAGGGCAAAGAACCCUCCCCACAAGUUCUGAAUCAAGCAGCAUCGUUCUGUCUGGCCACAUGCGCUAAAGCAUGGGAUGCUCGAUUCGGUGGGCCUUCGUGGUGGGUCAGUCGCAGCAAGGUUCCUCGUAUCAAUGCUAAAGGCGAUCCCAUCACGGUUGCCGAUGUAGCCAUGGGACCUCGGAACAAUAUGCUUCCUACUCCAAUCGAUAUGGGUAUAACGUUCAUGUGGCAGACUCCUGAUAUUGUUCAAUUGAGUGAGAAUUUGCAAUUAGAUUCGGAUGAUGAAUUCCCCGAUACUCAGUUGGACUCUGAUGAUGAGUUCCCUGACACUCAAGUGGACUCUGAGGAUGAGUUCUCUGACACUAGAGUGGACUCUCAGGAUGAUGCGAAGUCCGUAGAGUCCGCUUCACCUGAACCUGUUGAGCCGGGACUACCCACGCCGGAGUUGUCUGACUCGGAAUUGCCUCCGCAGGGUUCCGAUAUUGCAAAAGCAUCGGAUUUGAAAGAGUCUGAAAAGACUCACAGCAUCGAGGAAGCUGAAGAAGAUUCAGACUCGGAGUCCAGCCACAAUGGAUCUGUUCGCGACACCUCCUCUCCGCAGCCAGAGUCUCGCAAAGUUCGUGGCAAAAAUAAAAAGCUUAAGAAACUUCGCAAGUACUUGGAUCAGGAUGAAGAGGACCGCAGGGCUGCAAUGGAGCGACUAGGCACUUUGAAGGGCUUAGCCAAAGCCGAGCAGGAGGAAAAAGAAAGGCAAGAGAAGCGGGCGCAGCAAAUUGCUCAGCAGAAACAACACCAGGAGCGCAAACGUCAAGCUGAGCUUGAUCGGAUCAGUUCGGAAACUGUCGAGGAUGUUUCUCUACCGACCAAUCUUAGCGGCGUUCCUCCCAAAGACGAGAGCCAUUUAAUUGCUGCCGUGCCUAUGUUUGCACCCUGGAGCUCGCUGCAGAAGGCCAAAUAUAAAGUCAAGAUUGUCCCCGGAACCAUGAAGAAGGGCAAAGCUACACAGGAAGCAGUAAGAAUCAUGGUUAACCAAAAGGAUAACAUGCCGACUGACAAGGAAAAGAAACUGAUUGAAGCUAUUCGUCCUCAGGAUCUGCAAAUGAUAGUUCCAGUCAAGACCAUGCAAAUUGGAGGUGCCACCUCGAAACUUCCUGCCAAGAACUCCAAGCAGGGCAACAAGUCAACCGGCGGCAAGUCCAAAAAGAAAAAAUAA